CCCAGAACUAAGAAACCAAGAAAAAGACAAAAAUUAAAAAGAAAGUUGCGAAAUGAAAACAAUACAUUAACCCUUCAUGAAUACAUAAAUCAAUCAUACCCCAAUAUUUCUUCUCCUUCAGCACCACCUUUUCAAGAUUCUGAGUACUAUUUUUACCUUUUUUUGUUUUUUUUAAUUUUAUUUAUUUUUGCUUUCCUCUUCUGAUCCUGAAAAAAACUUUAAUCUUUUUAGCUUUACUCAAGUUUUCUUCAUCACCCACCAGGAAAACAUAAUCAAGAUUAGAUUUUUGGAGCUUUAUUCAAAGUUUCUGCAACACCCCACCAGAGAAAUAGCUUAAGGGUUUGUUUUUUUACUUGAUCCAAAGCAAUGGAACCACCAGAAAGUUAUGUUGAAAACACAGGUUUUGAAUCAGCUGAGAAGAUUAUACUGAGAUGGGAUUCAACAGCCUCGGAAGAAGCAAGGGAGAAAAUGAUUUUUGAAGGUGAUAGAUAUGAAGUGGAUCGGUACUUACAAGCUGUGGAUGAAAUCCAACGGUCAAUAUCAUCCACAAGUAUCUCUGAUGAUGCUCAAACGAAAGUCAACUCUGCUAUUCAGAUCGCCAUGGCUAGACUUGAAGAUGAGUUUAGAAAUAUUUUACUUGUUAACAUUAAUGCUUUGGAUGUUGAGUCUCUUUCAGCUGAUCCCGGUUCCUGCACUUAUUCAAGAACUGAUAGUGAAGUACUAAUUGAAGAUCAAGAUGAUCAGUUUGAUCGAGAACAAGAUGAUCAAUUUGAUCGAGAACAAGAUGAUGUUUUGAAGCACAGUGAGUCAAGUACUACUGUUGCUUCAUCUAGUUACAGGUCAACAAGUUGUAUAAGGGAGAUAGAUCUGAUACCAGAGGAAACCAUUGAGGAUCUUAAGUCAAUUGCUCAAAGAAUGAUUGCUGCAGGGUAUUUAAGAGAGUGUAUUCAGGUGUAUGGAAGCGUGAGAAAGUCAGCAGUGGAUGCAAGUUUCAAGAGAUUAGGAGUGAGUAUUGGAGAUAUUCAAAGACUUGAAUGGUAGUUUGGAAGUGAGAAAAGGUUGUGUGAGCAAAUCUUUGAAAGGGUUGGAACAUCUAUUGAUGAUGCUUGUUUUAUGGAGACAGUGAAAGGGCCUGCUGUUCAGUUGUUUAAUUUUGCUGAGGCUAUUAGUAUUAGCAGGAGAUCACCAGAGAAGUUGUUCAAGAUAUUGGAUUUACAUGAUGCUUUGGAGGAGUUGUUGCCUGAUAUAGAGGUUGUUUUUUAUUCAAAAUCUUCGGAUUCGAUUCGAGUGCAGGCUGCUGAGAUUCUUUCGAGAUUGGCUGAGGCUGCAAGAGGGAUUUUAUCAGAGUUUGAGAAUGCUGUUUUGAGGGAGCCAUCAAGGGUUCCAGUGCCUGGAGGAACUAUUCAUCCAUUGACUAGGUAUGUGAUGAAUUACAUCAGUUUGAUUUCUGAUUAUAAGCAGACUUUGAUUGAGCUUAUAGUGUCAAAACCAUCUACUGGUUCUAGAUAUUCGGGUGAUCCUACGACCCCGGAUAUGGAUUUUUCUGAAUUGGAGGGGAAGACCCCAUUGGCACUUCAUUUAAUAUGGAUAAUUGUGAUUUUGCAAUUCAAUUUGGAGGGUAAAUCCAAGCAUUACAAAGAUACAUCUUUAGCACAUUUGUUUAUGAUGAACAAUGUUCACUAUAUUGUUCAAAAGAUAAAAGGCUCACCUGAAUUGAGAGAAAUGAUUGGUGAUGAUUAUUUGAAGAAGAUGACUGGGAAGUUGAGGCAGGCCGCGACUAAUUACCAGAGAGCAACUUGGGUGAAGGUUUUGUAUUGCUUGAGAGAUGAGGGUCUCCAUGUGAGUGGGGGGUUUUCAUCAGGAGUCUCAAAGAGUGCUUUGAGAGAGAGGUUCAAGUCCUUCAAUGCUAUGUUUGAGGAGGUUCAUAGGACUCAAGCAGUAUGGUUGGUACCGGAUUCUCAGCUUAGGGAGGAGCUAAGGAUAUCUAUAUCCGAAAAGUUGAUACCAGCUUAUAGGUCAUUUCUUGGCAGGUUCAGGAGCCAUAUAGAGAGUGGAAAACAUCCAGAGAAUUACAUCAAGUACUCUGUCGAGGACUUGGAGAAUGCUGUCUUGGAUUUCUUCGAGGGGUGCCCUGUAUCCCAGCACUUAAGGAGGAGAUCACAGUGAAGGAAUGAAGUGAGUUUGGCCACGUUAGAAUCUAGGACACAUUCUUUAUAUUCUUUUUGGAGUGUUAGGGUGAUGUGAUGCUUGUCAGUCUGGGCUGCCGCCUGCUCUCCAAUUCUUCUAAACUUUGUUGGUUAAAUUUCCACCUGUUAAAACGCAUCAAAUUCUUUGGGAAGAUAAGGUUUAGCUCUCCAGAAAAAGCCAGGUCCCUCAACCUGAAUGCUUCUGCAUUUUACGCGCUAUAAUUGUUUUGUUACCACAUUUUAGAUUUUUUUAUUUCCAUUUGUUCAUAUGGUUAUUGUUGAAUUUCAAGUGUGUUCUCUAUUACUAUCUAUGAUAUGAGGAAGAAAUUUUUCUUUUUUCUUUUAAA